ACUGUCAUGCAACAAAACGGCAGACCCAACGCCCAGCAGUUCAAGUAUAAUCAGCAAAAUCAGCAGCCCUUCCGGAAUUCUUGGAUAUAUCGUUACCCGCGUGUCUUUGUGACUGUUACCACUACUACUGCCCUGUGCAUAUUCUUCAGCCGGCCGAUCUACGAUAUAUUUUUCCGCAAGGACAUUCCCGACUAUAAGGAAUUACUCAAACAUCACAAAUCGCGUUUCCACUCUUAAAUAAAUGGAAGCAGUGCAUAAGGCUAGGAAUAGAUUUAGGCAGUAUCCUGCUGUUUUGGCAAAAUGCUCAAAGGAAGGCAGUCUCUAUGCAAAAUGUGUACUUAAAAAAGAUUCAGUUGCAUUGAAUGAUUGUGCCAAUGAGUUUCAGCAGUUUAAGAUCUGUCUGCAAAAAACUGCAGUUAGUAUGAAAACUAGAUUGUAAAGCUUGUUAGGAGAAUGAGUUGUUUAUAAAGAAAGUUGAACAUA